GCCGCGGCGAAUAGCCGCCAUCACGGUGGCAAAGCGUGUUGCUGAAGAGCUGGGGGAGAAGGUCGGCGAGGGGGUGGUUGGUUACAAAAUCCGCGGCACGACUGUCGCUGGUCCGAAGUGCAAGCUUCUGUUCUGCACCACGGGUGUGGUUUUGCGAAGAUUGGCGAAUGAGGGCACCAAGUUCAUGUUCAGCCCGAAGACUGUGACCCAUCUGCUGGUGGACGAGGUCCAUGAGCGCGGCGUCGAGACAGAUUUCAUGCUCACGUUCCUGCGCGAGACCCGCGCGAAUCGACCAAACCUUCGCGUGGUUCUUAUGAGCGCCACCAUGGAUACCGAGUGCUUCUUGAAGUACUUCAGUCUUCCUGUGAAAGUGGCCACGGUGGGUGGAGCGGUAGCCCUCAAGCAGCCGCCGAUGGUUGUCUGCCCUGCAUUCUGCCAUCCAGUUGCGGAGUGCUACAUGGAAACCGUCAACGCGCGCCUGGGCCGAAACCGGGCCCCAGAAGCAAAGAGUCCCGAUGAACUCCGAAGAGAGCAUACCGAAAUGUCGGAAAGCGACGGGAUUGAUUACGACCUCAUCCUCAAGAUUGUGGAGGAGAUCGAAACUUCCCCAGACGGAGCCUGGACUUUUGCCCCGGAGUCGAUGCGAGCGACGGCCAAGGACCCUCACCGUGGUGCCAUCCUGGUUUUCCUGCCUGGGCUUGGUGAGAUCACGCAGCUGAUGUCCAAGCUCACAGAUGACAGCACCAUGUCAUCCAAAUGGUGGGUGCUGCCGCUUCAUGCGAACUUGCCGCCGGAGGAGCAGCAGCAGUGCUUCAGCACCACGCUGCCGUCAGGCUGCACUCGCAAGAUCAUUUGCUCAACCAACGUUGCGGAGACCUCUGUGACAGUACCCGAUGUCACCGUUGUCAUCGACACCUGCCGAGAGCGUCGCAACCAGGUCGAUCGGCAUAGCAACACACCCAUGCUUCGCGAGCAGUGGUGUGCCCUCGAUUCGCUGAAGCAGCGUCGCGGUCGUGCUGGCCGCGUUCAGCCUGGCGUUUGUCUGCGUCUCCUGCCCGAGCGGCACCUGGAGCGGCUGGACGCCGUAUCGCCGCCCGAGAUGCAACGGGUGCCCCUGGAGAACGUGUACCUUCAGGUGUGUGCAAGCGGCAUUGACGACAGGCCUGGCUUUUUGGCGAAGACGCCGGAUCCGCCCGACGAGCUGUCUGUGCUUUUCGCGGAGGCAGCAUUGCGAGACCUGGGGGCGCUGGAUGCCUCGCAGCCCGACGGCCUCACCCCGCUUGGUCGACACCUUGCCGCUUUGCCGUGCCAUCCGCGUUUGGGCAAGAUCCUGGUGCUGGGCCGGGUCCUUAAGUGGGUAUGCUUAAAGCAAGGAUAUGUUGGGAUAUGGGUGCUUAAAGUUAGGGUUUGGGGGAGGAAAGCCCAAGUUAUAACUCAAGUGCAAGGAAAUGGAAACUGA